AUGGCAAACGAGCGAUACUUUGGAAGGGCGUGCAAGACAUGUCGCCGUCGAGGACGAGGAUGUGACCGACGUAUGCCUUCCUGCAAUACAUGCGAAACCAAUGGCUUGACAUGCGAGGGUUAUCUGCUGCAGUGGCCCGGUUUGGCAAGUCGCGGCCAACUUGUGGGCAAAAGCAUCCCAGUGACAACAAAGCGACGACGAACGCGCCGAGUCCAGCAAUCGGCAAUUCCAAGUCCACCUUUGCCCAUAGUUCCACAAUCACCCACUACACAAUCACCCCAAAAUACCGACAACAAUAAUGACCAGAAUGAAACACAAGAGAAUCCAUUCGAGGACCUGGUUGACCCCAUGCAGUUCUUCAUGGAGAUUCCAGAGAUUCACACUCCACCUGAGCUUCUGGUGUGGUCCAACGAUGCCUCUCUCCUGAACAAUUAUGACGAUGAUCUUCUCGCCCCUCAGCCAAAUCUCUGCACAGCGUCUCCUCCGCAGGAUCAUUGCCAGGAGCUUGGACGUGCUAUGGACUAUCGUUACGUAUUAGGCCCAGGACUUGAUGUUUUGAGCAUACCCGAUGAACUAAAAUUUAUCAUGCAAUACCAUAUUUCUGAAGUUGUGCCAAAAUUGUGUGUGGACAACUUAUCGCCUCGAAAUCCUUAUCGCGAUUACAUCCUUCCUCUUGCAAUCGAAGUACCAUCAUUGCUAUACGCGUGUGCGGCUUUGGCAGCAUGUCAUUACGAUGUCCGACUGUCUACAAAACAAUUCGAGCGCGAGUUUUUCCGGUUCAAAGGGAAAGCAAUGAAGCGACUCCAGGAGGAUCUAUAUUCUCAAACUCGAGCCAGUCACCCAGGCACGCUCGCGACAAUACUCAUGUUGUGCUUGUGCGAUCUUUCUCAUGGGGGGAUAUCGGACUUUCAGUCGCAUUUCCAGGGGGCUAAGAAACUUAUCGAACUACGCCAAGAAAGGACUGCUGGCAAUUUUGUAGAGCAAUACCUCGUGUGGCUAGACGUUAUGGCCGCCGCUUCGCAUUCUAAACCCACGGUAUUUUCAUCACAGGAGAUUAGCUCCCUGUUGGUCGAAUCUGGAGACCGGUGGAGCUUCGAUGUAAUACCCUGUCCUUCGGAUCAGUUUCAAAUUAUCUGUGAGAUCGUCGCAUUGUAUAAAAGUCAAGUUGACGCCGACAGUCCCUCAAUCGAGACUUCCAAUCAGGUCCAGGAGAUCAAGCAACGGCUGUUGCAAAAGCCCGCACAUUGCGAUAGGGGUCAGAACUGGCUUCACAUGACAGAAGCAUAUCGCUUUGCGAUCAUUCUUUAUUUACUUCGAUUAUUCUCUUGCAAUAUUGAUGAGUUUGAGCUGGAUUGGCUAGUCAGCAGUGUACUCUAUCAUGCCAGAGCCACACCACCAGCCUCCGGAUGGUCGGAUCAGUUACUGUGGCCCUUAUUUCAUGCUGGCCUGGAGGUCAAAGAUGCUCGGCGCCAGGAAUGGGUUCGGGAACGAGCUCGGUGUAUGCAGAGCUCGGGAGGAUUCGGAAACGUACAAAGCGCACUUGUGUUAUUAGAGGACGCUUGGAGAGGAAAGCGACCGUCAAAAUAUAUCAAUCUGAUGCAGGGAAGUGGAAACGGAUCUGUACUCUUAAUUUAA